ACAAGGGCAUGGAAUCGGAUGCCCGAUCCAAUAACCGCAACAACAAUUCGGUUAUGGAUUCGGGUCACACAACACCCACCGGGUCGGGUUGAACAGUCGAAUUGGAUCCAAAUCAAAUGCACCACAUCAGAACCGGAUAUUAGUUCCGAUUCAUUCUCUUCUCCACCCUUGCCAUCUCUCUCCGCGUCACAUGUUUCCUCUGGCGAGAGCAGAGUCUCUGGUCGCACCUACCAAUCCGAAAACCCUCGCCGUCUAGCGCCGUCACCGCCGCUUCCGGCUCCGUUUCCUCCUCCGCCGCGACGAUGAAAGGCGGGCGAUCGCACCGCCCUCAGAGCUCGGACCCGCCGGACGAGUGGGUGGACGGCUCGUGGACCGUGGACUGCAUCUGCGGCGUCACGUUCGACGACGGAGAGGAAAUGGUUAAGUGCGACGAGUGCGGCGUGUGGGUCCACACGCGCUGCUCGCGCUACGUCAAGGGCGACGACACCUUCGCGUGCGACAAGUGCAAGGCGAAGCACCACACGAACAUCGAGGAGAACGAGCUCGCGCAGUUCCUGGUUGAGCUCCCAACGAAGACGAUAUCGAUCGAUAACAAGAAGGCCCUCCCCUCUCGGCCCAGGCUGUGGACGGAGAAGCCCAUUGAGGAGCGGGUCCAUGUCCAAGGCCCACCCGCUGGCGAGCCUUCACUAUUCGCCAACACUUCCACCUCCUCGAUCUUCUCUCCUCAGCUGUGGAAAGCCUCCGGGUAUGUUCCUAAGAAGUUCAAUUUUCAGUACAGAGAGUUCCCUUUCUGGGGUGAUAGCGAUAGUGAUAACGUUGAUAACGCUGAUAACGUUGAUAACGAUAACGAUAAAGAUAAAGAGGGUGAUCAAGAGGGUUCUCUAGCACAGCCACAAGUGCAAGAACGGGAUUAUAAUAAUGAUAAUGUGGCUGAGGCUGAGGCUGAGGCUGAGGCUGGGGCUCUUGUGUCUCUGGCCAAAGACACUGCGAAUACUGCUCCUCCUGUAUUGGACUCACCUGUGGAGGCUUUGGUAGAUUCUAGAUCUGGCCAUGGUAAGGAUUUGGACUCGGGCAAGUUUGGGAGCGGGGAUACGCUGCCACGUGUCCACAGUUCCGUGAAGAAGGAGAGGGCUAUGCUGAGGCCUCCGGUUGUUCAUAACAGCAAGCGCCGGAAGGAGGAUUCCGGGGCUUCGAAUUCCAAAGACCGGAGUGGGAAGAAGCGGUCCAGGACUUCCUCUGACAGAGAGGCGGAUCCCAAGAGGAGAACUCAGCAUUCUUCUAAAACAGGUGAGGGAAAACAAUUGGACUUUUAUGGGGACAGAGGUCCGAAGGUUUUCAAGGCUGAUGCUCGGAGCAUAAAGAACAAAAACUUAAAAGACAUAGCGGCUCAAGAACAUGUUUCUGAUGAUUAUUUACCUGUGGAUACUGUCGUGGAGGAGCCAAAUAACAACUUGACAACUACUGAGGACUCUUCAGAACCGUUAAAUCCUGUCAUGUCUAGACCUAGUCUUUCUGUUGGAGAUGUAGUAGCAGAAGAGAAGGCUAGUCAUAAAGCUCCUACUUUGGCGGAGAUGUCUUCUAAGACUGAUGAUGCUGUUACAUCGGCUUUAAAGCAUAAUUAUGUUGGAAAUGCUUCAGCUAAAGAAAAGGAUGGAGAUUGCUUGGCAUCUGAUAAUGUAGAUGAUACUUUAGUAGUAAGAAGUGCUGUGAGUCCUCAUACAGAAGGUCAUUGUGGUUCUACACCAGAACUUAUGGAUAUCCAAGUUUCUCAAGAUCAUGACUGUAACAUGGGUUCUAGCUCUGCAAAAUGCAAAGUUAAGGUGAAGAGAGAGGAUGAUGUUGAUAAGUUUAGAAAGCCCCCAAAUUUUCAUUCUUCUCCUGUCAGUGAUCUUAAAAGCAAUGAAAAAUCAUCUGAUGACACAUCUGAUACUGUUAAAGUGAAUGAUGCUCCAGUUCCCUGUUUACUAUCAUGUGAAAAUAAGGUGGGUAGUGUUGACAUUUCAUCAGAUGUAAUCCCUGCUGAUCAUACCAAUAAGCCCAAUGAAUUAUCUGGUGAUUUUUGUCAUAGAAAACAAGAACUGGAGGGGUCUGAAGGUUCCUUGGAAACACAAAAGGGAUUUUCAGAAACCAAAGAUAGUUCAGAUGCUGUUAAAGAUCCAUCAAAAUCUGAAGCACCUGGAUGUCUGCCUAAAGUGUUAGCAUGUGUUGGAAAAUCAUCUCCAACUUUGUCAACCACGAACUCUAGACGAUUGGAUCAUGACAUCAAAUCUGAAGAUACUGAAACCCCUAAAUCUUUUACGAAGCAUGGAGUGAUGACUGAUGGUAACAUUCACAUAAAGAAUGAAACUUGUACAAAUAAUGCUGCCAGGGAUGACAAUCCAAAGAAGUCUGUAAGAGAGCGACCAAAAUCUUCUUUGAAUUCCAAUUCAAAAGGAUUGCAUUCAAGCAGGAGUGUGCCAAAUUCUGUCUCAAAGCAAGUCAUUCCAGACGUGAGAGAUUCUGUUCAUGUUUCGUCUUCUAAACCAUUGACACAUCAGACUGCAAAUAUCUUAGGCUCUAGUGAUUCUAAUGCAUCUUUGCACCAUCAGAAGGUUUUACAAGUGCAGAAUAAGAUUUCAAACCAAACUAACAUCCACACUUCCUCAAAGUUGACCCAAAGUCAUGGGUCAUCAGUGAAUCCUUCCCCAAUAACAAAUUCAUUGCUGACUGACGAAGAGCUUGCUCUGCUCUUGCAUCAAGAACUGAAUAGUUCGCCUCGUGUACCUCGUGUACCCCGAGCACGGCAAGCAGGUAGUUUGCCACAGUUGAGUUCUGCAAGUGCUACAAGCACGCUAAUGAGCCGAAAAUCUGCCGGAGGAAAGGACCAUUAUUUGGCAUCUAAACGAAAACACAAGGAUGCUUCUAGAGAUGGGUCUAGCAGUUUGCGGGAACUUGAAGGUGAAGCUAAAAGGAUAGAGAAGGAGAAAGGUCCAUCCUCCUCUGAUCAGAGGAAACAAGAUAUGCCAUAUGUGGAAGAUGCUCCUGCAGGGGAAGAAAGCCUUGCAUCUAUGACAGCUGCGAACUCCAUUGCUAGCAAUACUGUUUCUCCCACUUCUGCAAUUGCAAACAGUGAUCCAUCCUCCCCUCCUGAGGAUCAGAAUUUGUCAUCUAUGCAUAACUCGCCCAGGAAUAUAUCUGAUGAUGAUACAACAACUGCUGGAAGGCCAGUUCAUCGCACCUUACCUGGUUUAAUCAAUGAAAUUAUGAGCACAGGGAAGCGCAUGACAUAUGUGGAACUCUGUAAUGCUGUGCUACCGCACUGGCAUAACUUGAGGAAGCAUAAUGGAGAGCGGUAUGCAUACUCAAGUCACUCUCAGGCUGUUCUUGAUUGUUUGAGGAACCGGCAUGAAUGGGCAAGAUUGGUUGAUCGGGGUCCAAAGACAAAUUCUAAUAGGAAAAGGCGUAAGUUGGAUGCUGAAGAAUCUGAUGAUAAUGGAUAUGGCAAGGGAAGAAGUGCAAAAGAGGUUGAAGUGAAGAACUUUGAGUUGCAAAAAGAAGAGUACCCUAAAGGCAAACGUAAAGCUCGAAAGCGCAGGCGCCUUGCUCUUCAGGGAAGAGCAGUGAAGGAUGUCAGGAGGAGACAAAAAGCUGGCUCGCAAUCGGAUGAGGAUGUUGGUCCAUUCUCCAAUUCUAGUGAAGAGAGCAUGUUCAGUGAAGAUGAUAUUCAGGUUGGCAGAAUAUGUCCUGCUGGAAGAUCAUCAGAUGAGACAGGUAGUGCCUAAAUAUGAACUGGCUAAAUAAUUUCAAGUGGUUGUUUUUCCAAGAGUAAAGAAUUGCUGGCUAGCCGUCUUUGCGAGCUUGUUUAGUGGAGGAUGGAUUGCGGGUGGCUUGGUUUGGUGUGACACCAUAUCAGUUGUGUAAAUAUUUGUAGCAGUAGUUGUAUCUUUUCAUGAAUGAGGCAGAACUGAGUAGGUUGUGUAGAAUUUGUAAGUGACUAAGGAUUGGGUUAAAGAGCAGAAAGAAUGUACAAUUGGAUUUGAUUAGGAAACAGUACUAAUUUAGAAACUACCCUUGGUCACUGGGAGCCUGGCAUCUGAUAAUCUAAUCUAACACUCUCAGUGGUCUUGUGACAAUGGGUGGCUAUACAAGGACAAGUAGAUGUGGUAGCUUUGCGAAGGACAAUGUAUAGGAUAAUAACUGAUUCUCUGUUGUAAAGUUCUUGUAUAACAUUUAGGCUUCGCAUUUCUCACUCUUGUUAGCUGAUUUCAUCAAGUGAUUAAAGUAUUCUGUUGUAUUUCUCA